UAUUAUAAAUAUACUGUCUAUUCUUAUCUCAAUAAUAAUAUGAUAAGAGCUCAUCUGCAAGCUUUAUCGCUUCAUUUGCCAUUCAUUGCUUUUGCUAGACAUGGCAGCUAAAUUGCAGCAUAUACAGAACCUGCGACAUAUCUUUCAACGUUCGGUGGAUUCUGUGCGGCCGGCGCAACUACUUAGCGAGAGCAACCAAUAUGCCUUACGUCCACAACUCAGUGAGAAGGAUGGCCAACAACUAAGUAUAAAUAUACAGGGUAAAAUCUUGGAUUUAACUCAUAAGCACUGCCAUGUCGUCGGCUUUGGUAAGGCUGUGCUUGGUAUGGCUGUACAAUUGGAAAAGUCGCUGGAUAAGAAUUUGGUGAGUGGCGUAUUGAGCAUACCAAUGGGUACAAGACAACAGUUUAACAAUAUGCCUGAAAUGCAAUUAUCGAAGCAAACUGUAAUUGACAUUAUUGAAGGUGCGCCCAAUAAUCAACCAGACGAGCAUGCGUUCGUAGCAGCACAACGUAUUAAGGAAGUUGCAGCGAGUAUGACGGAAAAUGAUAUACUUUUUGUGCUUAUAUCUGGUGGUGGCUCAGCGUUGCUGCCUUUACCACGGCCGCCACUAACACUCACUGAGAAAAUGCAGUUAGUGCGACGUUUGGCUAAUUGUGGCGCAAGUAUUGAUGAAAUGAAUGUGGUGCGCAUUGCAUUGUCUGACAUCAAAGGCGGUCGCCUAGCCGCUGCUGCACGCAAUGCUUUUGCAGUUAUUUCAUUUGUCAUCAGCGACGUUGUAGGUGAUCCCGUGGACAUUAUAGCUAGUGGUCCUACUUGCAGCGCUAUCUCGAAACGACAAACAGCCAAAGAAGUGCUGGAAAAAUAUGCAUUGUGGUCAUAUUUACCAGCACAUAUACGUGCGUUAGUAGAAAGUCCAGUGGCGAAAGAGCAAAUAACACCCGGACGCAAUAACUCCGUCUAUGUCGUGGGAGACAAUCGUGUUGCUACAGCACAGGCGGUGCAGGUAGCGCUAAAGUGUGGUUAUAAUCCAUUUAUUGCCAGCACCACAGUAGAGGGUGAAGUACAAGAUCUUGUGUGCCGGUAUAAAAACUUUCUGCAGAGUAUAUGUGAUUUCCGACGGAAUAAACUUGAUGAAAAUGAAUUGAAGAAACUCUUUCCUUUCGAUGCCCGCAUCUUCCAACACUUCCUGAAAACUUUACGCGUGUGUGAACGCACGGAGAAGCCGUUGUUAUUAAUCUUAGCUGGCGAACCCACUGUUAAGGUCUCCGGUACCGGUUUGGGUGGUCGUAGUCAGGAGAUUGCGCUGCGUAUGGCACGCGCUUUGCACGAGAAUCCGGAAUUUAACAACGUCAUAUUUCUGAGUGCCGGCACAGAUGGCAUCGAUGGCCCGACACCAGCAGCUGGGGCUAUAGGUUGCGAUUUGGUAAUUCGUGAUUUUCUGGAGGAUUCUUCCAAGAACUUGGGCGAUGUGCAGGCUUAUUUGCAAAACAGCGACUCAUAUAAUUUUUAUAAAAAUCUAAAAUCUGGUGAAUAUCAUGUGCUUACUGGGCAUACUGGCACUAACGUUAUGGAUAUUCAAUUGUUGUUAAUCUUGUAGCGAAAAAUCUUCAUUAAAAGAAUAUAUUUAUAAAAAAAGCAUAUCUUCGAAA